AUGAAUACAAAUAGUUUACGAUUAGAUUUGGAGAAAUUUAUCAAUUGGUUUGACAGUCAAUACAAUUACAUUCAUUUUAAUCAUCAAAGCGAUGACCAAUUGGAGACCAAUCAAUGCAAACACCAUUUAAGUGAUAAUCUGAAAGACUUUGAGACAACUAAAAGACAGAAGAAAAACAAAGCUGUGGUCAAUAUUAACCACUUUAGGAUACAAUUGCAAUCAUUUUUGAAACUGUUGUCUCAAUUCAAGAAUUUGUUAAAUGAAUUAAACACUUGUAUUGAUUGUGAAGACGACAAUAAAUGGUUAUCAUUAGUGAAUGAACUGAACCAACAAAAGAUAGUAAUAAGUGACCAAUUGGUGACAAUUAAUCAAAUGAUUCCCAAUGUUAAGUAUAAAAUUAAUAAAAACCGAAGAAAAAGACAGCGAAAGUCAAAGGAAAAAGAGAUACUGAAAAAUAUGAAAAUUGAUAUAAAUAUUAAUAGGAAUCAAAUUAUUGGUGAAUGGAUCCAAUCGUUGAACAAUUCAAACGAGAAGUCAGAUGAUUACGAAAAUGACUUAAAAAGAGAGGCAAACAAAGCCUUAAAUGAUGUGAAAAACAAAAUAAUGUCAACAAAAAAAUAUUUAAAAAGAGUGAAUGCUUUAGAAAGACUAAGAAAUGCACUGAAGAAUAGAUAUCAACAACAAAGUGGUAAAGAAAUGACUCCUCAAAGUGAAGAACUAUUUAUUAAAGAAAUGAAUCGAUUAAAACAUUUAUUAAAAGAUAGACUUGAAAUGUAUCGAAAAGAAGAUCGAAGAAUAAAAUCAAUGGUUGAACAACAAGAAUGUGUUGAACAACAAAAAGAUAAUAAAAGUUUGUCUAAAAGUGAACUUUAUUUAUAUGAAUGUCUAUUUGGCAACCAAUCUAUACAUGACUUGAAAAGUGGAUCUCAAAGCUUACAGAAUAUGAUUAAUAUAAGGAAUCGUUGGGACAAUUAUAUUGAUAUACAAUCGGGAACUCAUAUACCCAUACAUUGGGUAAUACCUAAUUGCAGUUCAAAUGAUGAUUGGAUUAAAUAUCAAAUUCAUUAA